AUGGCGCGUGCAUUUUGCAUUGCCGGCCGCGCGACGAUUUGCUGGAAAGCGCAUCCCGAGGGUGAUCCACAAAAACAAUUCGUAAUUAAGGAUUCGUGGCAAUAUACGGAGCGCGAGGAAGAAGGAAACCUGUUACAAAAAGCAACUGCGAAAGGUGUGGUUAAUGUUGCCCGACAUUACCAUCACUACACUGUUCAAAUACACGGAAUGGACGACGAUAUUCGAAACAACGUCCGCAAAGGAUUGGAAAUCACCACAGCUACGAACUACCGGCCAGACCAAAGAUCAAAGCUACUGCCGAACACAAUUGUGCCUGGGACUUCGCGAAGAGGCCGCACCAGCAGCGGUACAGCUAGCAAGCGGUCCUGUUCAGCAUCCCCCGCUAAUGUCGACACUCUAUCGAACCGCGUGCACCGACGCGUCAUCCUUCGUGACUAUGGAAAGCCCAUUUACAAAGCAAGCUUUCGGUCGGCUCUCCUUGCAGCGGUAGAGGGUUGUAUCGAAGGCCACGAAUCCUUGCGGAUGGCUGGUUUCCUCCAUCGAGACAUCUCAAUCAAUAAUCUUAUGAUCAACGAGGAUACUGACAGCCUCUCGUGGCCUUACUUUUUGAUUGAUUUGGAUCUCGGCGUGCGAGAGCCACGGGCGGCGGGCGCCUUUGGUGUAAAAGAUAAGGCCGGCAAAGUCAUAAGCGCACGGAGGAUUCGUCUGACGGCAGUUGACGGCUCUUCAUCGAGAGGGGCCUGUGUCCAAACAGCGGAGCUGUCGGUCGUUUGUAGCCAUGGAGACGAAGUUCCCAACAAGUGUGGGCUCGACGGCACAGGCGGGUGGUUGUUGUCGAUAGCCAGCCGGGUUAUCCUUGCCACGGAGGAGAACUUUACGCCAUAUUACCAACCAUUGGUGAUUUGGGUUAACAAGCUACGGAAAGCGGUUUUCCCAAAUGGUGGAAGGUCGUCAAGCACGUAUGGCACCGAGCUGAACACCGUUUCCGAUUAUCGUUGGGGCCUUGAAUCACAACGAUCAUUUGGCAAUAUGGACAAGAUUGCCAACAUAAGGGAGCUGCAAGAUAAUCUCAAAUGUCUUGUCCAAGAGCCAUAUGAGUGUGAGCCGGCGCCAGGGUGCUGCCCAAAUCUCGAAACAACGCUGGAGCCUCCGCCUUCGCCCACGACUGAGCCUGUAUCUAUUCCUAACGAGGAUAAAAUCUGGGGCUGGGGUACUAUCAUAAUAUCUAAGAAAAACAAGAAAAAGAAGCAGCCAAUGAUGGAGGAGGCAAAUUAA